AUGCCUACUGUCGCAAUCGCAGGGGGAGCCGGCAACCUUGGCCGUACCAUCCUGGAUGCUUUUAAGGAGAGCUCAAAGCAUACAGUUAUUGUCCUAGUGCGGAAGGAAUCUAAAGCCCAAAAUCUAGGUGUACCCAUUUUCCAUGUGGACUACAGCAAUGUCAAGUCAAUUUCUAACGUCCUGGAAUCAAACAACGUCGACACAGUAAUCUCCGCCCUCAGUGUCCGCAGCGCUGUUGAAGGCGAGUCGGAGACAAAUUUGGCGAGAGCAGCAGCAAAUUCUAGCCCAACCAAACGCUUCAUUGCAAGCGAGUACGGCACAAGGGCUCCAACGGAGAAGGAUUUGCAGCUGCCUCAGCAUGAAUUCCGCGAGGCUGUUAUGAAUGAAUUACGGAAGACAGACCUCGAAUGGACGAGAAUCCACAAUGGUUACUUCUUGGACUAUUUCGGGAUGCCCCAUGUUGAGAGUCAUAUGACUCCAGUUGCGUUCGGCAUUGAUGUGGCCAACAAGGCAGCAGCCAUCCCGGGCACGGGUGAAGAUAUCAUGUCUUUUACAUAUACGAAAGAUGUGGCAAAAUUUGUCGUUGCUGCGCUGGACCUUCCAAAAUGGGAUGAGGCUCUGUACUGCUAUGGGGAUAAAACUACCUGGAACGAGCUGUUGAGCAUCGCUGAGGAAGUGAGAGGUUCGAAAUUUACUGUGGCAUACGACAGUCCCGAAAAACUCGCGAAAGGCGAGAUGACUGAAUUACCUUCCCACCGUUAUAUCUAUCCCUUCUGGCCAAAGCCCAUGUUCCAGGAAUACUUUGCGAAAUUUGGGCUGUAUGUCACCAAGGGUCUGUUUGAUUUCCCGGAAGACAAGACGCUGAACAAAGCCUUUCCGGAUAUCAAGACAAGCAAGGUCCGAGAUAUAGUUGGUGCUUGGGCCGGCAAGUAA